AUGUUGUUAUUGUGGUUAUCUAGUGUCUUGCUUGUUGGACUAUAUCUCUUCAAGCGUCUUUCAUCUCCACUUGCCAAAGUCCCCGGCCCGUGGUAUACGAACUUCACCAGCUUCUGCCUGAAGUACCAUGAGUUCACAGCGAAUAGACGCCUUUUCGUUCACCACCUACACAAGAAGUAUGGUCCCGUAGUCCGCCUUGCACCGAACGAAGUCUCGUUUGUUAGUCUAAAUGCUAUUCGAGAGAUCUACGCAUCCGGCGGCAGUGGUUAUGAUAAGACGGAAUACUAUGAUUUAUUCCGACAAUAUGGGAUUAAAUACGCCAUGUCGAACGUCGUACGCGAGAAGCAUGUGUCCGCCAUUAAGGAGCGAGCUGAGACCUUUGUAGCGAGAUGUGCUGCCAUCGAAGGAAGUGUGAACAUCUACUCUCUCUUGCACUGCUACGCGAUUGAUGGGGUAACGAACUUUAUGUUUAGCCCUGGUGGCCUGAGGUCCUUGGAUAACCCUAAGGACUAUGAGAUGAUGGAGGAGUUGACAUAUCAUCAAAGCCUGCAGAAAAAUCUUCUACACUAUUACCUGCCUGCAUUAGUUCCAUAUCUCCCAUCCUGUCUCAUCCCUCGCCCUGCCCCCAAAGCAAAUGCCUACGCGUUACAGAUGGCGGGGCAACAGCGCCCAGAUGAGCACAGCUUAGUCGCACGUCUCACGCGUAAAGGCUCGCCGCUGAGCCACAUGCAAGUGGCCGCGGAAUGCAAAGACCAUAUGGCUGCAGGUAUCGACACUACUGGUGAUGGUCUUUGCUUUCUGAUGUGGGAGCUCUCUCAGCCACAUAACAUGCACUUUCAAGAUCGCCUUCAUAAGGAACUGGUAUCAGCAUCCGAUGAUACACCUCUAGAUAAACUGCCAUAUCUAGAUGCUGUCAUAAAGGAAGCCUUGAGAUGUACACCGCCAAUUCCAAUGUCUUUUCCACGGUACGUCCCAUCUGGUGGCAGGACUAUCGAUGAGCACUUCAUCCCAGAAAAUACUAUUGUCAGCUGUCAGCCAUAUACGGUACAUCGUUUCAACAAAGAAGUGUUCCCCGAGCCAGAUCGCUUCAAUCCGGAUCGAUGGUUAGAAGAAGAGGGCUUCAAUGACCGGAAUCGACUGUUCUUCGCGUUUGGAACGGGCGGGAGAGGAUGUACGGGAAGGAACCUUGCAACGGUGGAAAUGAGAGUCCUUCUCCGAGAGCUGUAUUCUCAGUUUCGGUCGUCGGUUGCCCCGGAUAUGACUGCGUGCAUGGAUCUCGAUGAUCAGAUCAUCUCCGCUCGUCCAAAGGAUCAGGUUUGUAAGCUUAUCUUCACUGCUAGAGGCAAGGAUGUGGAUAGCGCAUAGGCUGUAUUGUGAAUGGUCUGCGUAU